AUGAAAAUGUUGGAGAACACGAUUUCUAGAGUGACAAAUUCAACAGGCCUCUACUACCGUUGCGCCGUCCGUUGCGCUGGCUGUCAGGAGCUCACUUUCCAUGGCGAAUGGCUGACGCCAGAAGAAGUGCAAUUACACAAAUUACGAAAAUCUACAAAAAACCUUUUCCAACCAAGUUGGACUACAGUCAUAAACUCGCCUGAUCUUCUGGUCGCUUUGUUAAUGUCCUCGGAAGUAUUCAAACCAUGGACGGGUGGGUUGAGAGAUGCUGACAUAAAACUCUGGAAGAGGGACUUUAAAAACCGACUUAUCUCAAGACAUCCUAAGACCGCAGUAGAGAAAACGGUCACAACACGUGAAGCGCGCAGCGCUCAAAAGAUGGCAACUAAAAAGUACACUGGCGCUGACUAA